AUGGGCAAAUCUUUGAUCCAGAAGAUCGUCAAAAAUGAGGCCAUGAAGCAAGACCCCCCUGAGAUUUACGGAUGGCGGGUCUAUGCUCUCGCAUGUUCGGCCUGUUUUGGUGGCCUCAUAUUCGGUAUUGACACAGGUGUCAUUGGUGGUGUCCUUCGUAUGAACGAAUUUCGCCAACUCUAUGAUCUUGUCGAAAAGACAGACCUUGAACGGUCAAAUCUCAGUGCGAAUAUUGUCUCUACUCUCCAGGCAGGCUGUUUCGUUGGCGCCCUCCUCGCGGCCCAAGCCGCUGAUAGGUUUGGUCGUCGGCCUGUUCUUAUCUGGGCGGCUGGUGGGAUAUCCGUGAUUGGCGUCAUUCUCCAAGCUGCUGCUUCAGGUCAUCUCGCGGCCAUAUUCGUGUCCGGAUUUGGUACUGGAUUUGCUUCGAUGGUCAAUCCUCUUUAUGUUGCCGAGAAUGCACCGCGCGCUAUUCGAGGGGGUUUGACUGGCAUCUAUCAGCUCUUCAUCGUAUUUGGCAUUUUUCUGGCUUACUGGAUCAAUUACGGUUGCAUUCAGCAUGUUACCGGUACUGCCAGGUACAUGGUUCCUCUUGUCAUCCAAGGGGUUCCGCCAGUAUUGCUUAUGAUUUCGAUGUCCUUGUGCAACGAGUCGCCGCGCCAUUUGGCCAAGCAGGAUAAAUGGGAAGAAGCCAUCAACGUGCUAUCCAGAAUCCGUGCUCUGCCUCCAGAUCACCCGUACGUGGCAGCAGAGUUUGCUGACAUAAAGUCUUCAAUCGAGGAUGAAAACGCGAUCCUCGAUGGUAUGAGCUUCAUGAGUCUGCAAAAAGAAAUGUGGCUGGUACCUGCAAACAGGAAGCGCGCCAUCAUUUCCAUCCUUCUCAUGUUUUUUCAACAGAUGACAGGGACAAAUGCCAUAAAUUACUAUGCUCCGCAAAUAUUUGCUACUCUGGGAGUUGAGGGUACGGAGAAUGAACUCUUUGCAACCGGUAUCUACGGUCUUGUGAAGCUGAUUGCGGUACUGGUUUUCCUCAUAUUCGUCGCCGACUCACUUGGACGUCGCAAGUCUCUCCUUUGGACAGGGAUUGGCCAAGCACUCACCAUGCUAUACGUCGGUGUCUUUGUCGCUGUGGCAAAGCCACAGGAUCAAGAGGGGGGCCAGGUUACACCCGCUGGGUAUGUCGCUCUUGUCUGCGUUUUCCUGUUCGCAUGCAUGUUUCAGUUUGGUUGGGGCCCUUGCUGCUGGAUUUAUGUCUCCGAGAUUGCGACCACUCGCCUCCGUGCUACAAACGUCUCGUUUGCCGCAGCGACACAAUGGCUCUUCAACUUUGUCGUCUCGCGCGCGGUUCCUCCGAUGCUGGAAACCAUGGGCACUGGUGGGUUUGGAACCUACGUUUUCUUCUGCGGCUGGUGUCUCGUCAUGACGGCUUUCGUAUGGUUCUUCAUCCCCGAGACCAAAGGCCUUUCUUUGGAAGCCAUGAAUCACCUUUUUGGCUUCCAAGAGGAUAUUCAAAACAAGCGCAUUGACACGGAAAGUGCUUCAGUUAAGAAUGAGCUUCAGAAUGGUGGUGAGUCCCAGGCUCAGCACAGCGGCAAUUCUGUACACAGGGCCUGA